ACGCCGACGACGAGGAGCACACGCAUGAGGUUUGUGCUGACCUCUCCACGUGACCUCGACCGGGUCAUCCGGCUCAUUACGGGGCAGGACGCACGGGAGUUGCAAAUGGCGAGCUUUCCGGCGCCGUGUGCGAGCAGCGAGGCCGGUGGAAGGAGCGGCGGGAGAGGCGUCGACGAGGCGCACAACGCGGCGGCCGACGGGCAGUAUGGCCGCCGCUGGGACGACGGGCGAAUGCUGGCGGACAGAGACGGGGUGCUCGAGGCCGAGGUUGUCGAGGCCGACGAGUCGCUGCAUGCGUUGGGCUCACGGUUGGUGGCCUCGGUCCUGGCUGAGGCUGGGAGCGCACAGGUGGCUGCCGACGGCAGCUCGGUGCUGAUCUUUGACGACGAGGCUCGGGCGACAGCGCUGUAUCCGUACUCGUCGACGCUGUUCUCGGUCUCAUCACUGGAGCUAGAGUCGACCGGCAGUGUGGGGCUCGGUGGUACUGGCGCUGGCGGGGGCGUGGGCGACGACGAUGACGACUAUGACGUCAUGGACUGCGGGCCCAGGAGUGGAUCCUCGGCGCACUGGCGCGACGCGGACUGCUUGUCAUACCCGUUUAUUGACAUUUCGUCGUUGCCGGCUGACGAUCUCUCGGGUAUCAGCUCGCUGGGGCACAGCACUCUGAAUGGCAGUAGCGAAGCCAGCGGCGAGUGGGACGCGUCGGCGUUUGCGGCGUCGGACGGUGAGAGCGACGACGAGAUUGACGAGAGCAACGACGACUCGCUGCUUGCCGAGGCGGCGCGGAUGGUGGCUCGCGUGGCCAAGCUGCAGGCGAGGCUCGGAGAGCGACAGACAAGUCCGAGCCCGAUCUUCGAGCUGUGCUCCACUCUGCGCUCACAAACUGCGACGGCAUUCUCGAGGCGUUGA